GUCUGAACGUUUGAGGGUUUCUGCAGACAUGGAGCUUCUACCACUGCUGAUUCUGAGCUUCUGUUUCCUGAAUUUGUCCGGAAUGACGUUUGCUGCUGAAUCCGGACCACCUGAUACCAACAUAACUGUGCAGGAAGAUGAUGAUGUCAUUUUACCCUGUUCCUUCGUCUCCAGUGUGAACAUUGAGUCAAUGAAGUUUGACUGGAAGAAGAAAGGAACACUUCUUCAAAAGGAGGUGUUCCUGUAUGAUAACGGCAGCUAUUACAAUAAUGGCCUCCACGGUCAAGAUGAGCAGUUUAAAGGUCGAGUCUCACAUUUUUCAAAAGAACUAAAGAAUGGCAACGCCUCAAUAAGAAUAAAUAAAACUCGGCUGGAGGACAGUGGACAAUAUACCUGUAUUUUUCCAGAUCUGCAGCCAGAAAGAAAAAUCUUCCGCAUUGAGCUUGUUGUUGAGCCCGUAUUAAAGGUCCGAAAUGUCACCGGUGCUUCUCCAAAGCCAUAUGUCACAAUACUUAAAAAUAAAGGGCAGCUGCAAUGUGAAGUUCCAGGUGCUUAUUUUAAACCUAAAGUUGAGUGGUGGGACAGUGAUAACAAAACUCUUCCUUCUAAGACGCUAAAGGACCGAAAAGAAAAUGGUCUCUUCUACGUCAUCAUCCAAAGUACUUCCCCUAAGCCUGACUGCUAUCGCUGUGUAACCACACAGAUGGACAUCUGGCAUCGGAUUUCUUCAGAGAUCUGUGUGCAUGAAGAACCAAAGAUUGGAUGGAUUGUAGCUGGUGUUGCUGUUGGUGUUCUUGUUCUUGUUGUAGUUGGUAUUCUUGUCUGGUGUUUAAUCAAGAAAAAAAAAGGAGUCCUCUGAACCCUCAGCCCAGGAACUGAAACUCAAUGCUGAUCAAAGUGAACUUGUGUGAAGCAAGGGCGUAGAUUUGGCAUGGACGGAAGGGACAUGUCCCCACCAAUAUCCAGCGAUUAUUGAAUUGUCCCCACCAAUAAUUUGAUCUUUUCGAGUAAAGAAAAACAAAACCGAUAGAAAGAAAGAAAAAACGAUCUGUCAAUGUCUCAUUCACCAAGCAGUGCAGAAAGAGUCAAAUUACGUUCUCUACUGGAGUCCUACCUCAUGUGACAAAUAUGGCCAAUGUGAUUGGCUGUGCCUUUCAGGGAGCUCUGUUUAGUUUUAGCAGCGGCAAGCCUGCGCUGCGAGGAGGAGAGGAGGAUGGCAGCAAAAAGGAAGAACCUGGAUAUAAGAAAGUAUUUUUCACAGAAACCUGUAAGUCACUUAAAGUCAAGUUCACUCAUAAAAUGUGUCCGUCAUAAUAGCGUUACAGGCUAUGCUAGGCAAUACACGCCAACCCUCCCGAUUUUUCCGGGAGAAUCCCGAAUUUCAGUGCCCCUCCCAAAAAUCUCCCGGAGCCACCCACCAUUCUCCCGAAUUUCUCCCGAUUUUCCACACGGACAACAAAAUUGAAAAACCAUAUCCCAGAUUGGCCCAGCCAAUUCCAGUUUCCAACAAUGGCUGCUACUACUGCAGCUACUUAGUUUUAA